AUGCCCAAACCAAGCACAGAGUACUCGAGCUCGGGGUCGGAAUACACGCCGUCGGAUGAAUAUGAGGAGGCUUAUUUCGAGCCGGACUCCAGUGGCAUGUCCGGUGAGGACAGUGAUAUAUCCGGUGAGGACCUUGAUGUGUUCGGUGGGCCCCUUGAUUACAAUAUUGCUGGGAAGGAGCUGCAGGUUGAAGAGAUCGAAGACCGAGUCCGGCGAUUUGAAGAGAGUGGCUCUGAUAUGAGCUCGGAUGAGUUUGACGAUGACCUCGACAAGCUUUACCACGGCAACAAGCAUCCUCCAGAGUUCUACCGGAGGGGCAUUGAGAAUAUGAACGAAGACAAAUACACACGCAAAGUGUACGCAAAAGGGACCAUGAAGUUGAUUCGAAAUAGCGAGAAUCAUUGGAAGUUGUACUGCCGCACGGUUCUGCAGGAGGAGGACUGGAUCAAGAGCUUCUCACGCGUUAACUUCAAGGUUGUCUACCAGUUUCUUCAGUGGUACCUUGCUCAGAGGACCAACAAGAAUGGCGGCACGAAACGGCGUGUCAAGGCGAGGCAGUCCCUAGUCACCUUUUGGUGCUGUUUCCGUCUUGCCUAUCAGCGAGCGACUAAUCUGAAGAUCGACACGGUGGUCGACCGUGGGUUGAUGCAUAACGGUCUCGUGGAACUCAGCAAGUCUUUGGAGCACAAUGUGCGGCCUAAUCGAUCCAUGACUAUUGAUGACCUGAAGCUUUAUAUCAACACAACGUUGUGUACGACGGAGAAAUCAUUCAAGAUGGGGGAACUGCGCAUCCUAGCUGUUCUAUUCCUUCUUCUCCUUGCCCCUCAGGGCUCUCGCCCUGGAUGCAUGCUGGAGCUGAAGUUCAAGCAUAUCAAGAUUCUCCUCAUACGGGACCCGAACAAUCCCGAGGGACGUCCUAGGCUCGUGACCAAGCUGAGUCUGCAGUUCACCAAGACCUAUCUUGGUGAAAAGGCCACGAAAUCGUUUACGGUUCCGGAGAUUAUGUACGACCCUAGCUUGCUUUUGAGUCCUCAUGUAUUCCUGCUCGCCAUCAUUUUCCGAUACAAAGCUUUCAAUUCGCCGAGUCUGAAUGAGAAUCCACAUGAGCUCGGCCAACUACGAAUCCACCGAGGUGAAAACGAGAUGUACCUUUCAUUCCGGCCGGAAAUCCUCAACAUGUACAUAUUCCGCAAGCCUAUUAAGACUUCCUCCGGUUACCGUAUGGGCACGGAGCGUCUCUCACAGGGUACGAUGAGUAAAUGGAUAUCGACAAUGGGUAUGCUGUCGGGCUUCGAGCACAGCACGAUGGCCUACAACCUCCGCUAUAUGGCAGGAAACAGCUUGGACAGAGAUGCGAAUAUCAGCAGCGCACUGCGAGAUCUGGUCAUGGACCAUGCCCCAAACUCCAACACGUUUCAAAAGCACUGUUGGAAGGUGCGAGGGUCGUAUGCCCAUACGCUAGCGCUAGCCUACAAAUAG